AUGAGUGUGAAAGGUGCAUCUCUCAGUGAGCAACUGUUGGACGCCAGUAGAAGAAAUAAUGAUGAUUUGCUGGAACAGGUGUUUAAGCAGCUCGACAACGACCCCGGGAAGAUUGCCGAGUUAAUCAACACUGCUCGCGAUCCCAUGGGUAACACUGCAUUGCAUUUAUGCUGUAAAUACGGUUCGUGGGAAGUGUUGGAUAAGAUUUUGGAUCAAGAGGGGGAUAUUGAGAUCGACCCACGCAACGAACUGGAUGGGGAUACACCAUUGCAUUUGGCAGUCCGUUAUGCUAUGGAUGAGCCGGAACACGGUACAUUCAUUGCCAACAACCUUGUUGAAGUUGGUGCAGACGCAAGGAUCAAGAAUAACAAUAACCAGAAGCCCGUGGAUUUGAUCCAUGGUGAUGAGCUUGACGACUUGUUCGAUCUGUUACAAGGUGCAGAACUUGCCCGGGAUCACCCUGGUGCAAUCAACGAGGACGAGGUCGAGCUAAUAGACGACGAUGACAACGAUGAUGAUGAAUGA